AUGCCUGCUUCGACCUGCACAUUUGCGGGACAGCCGAUGGCCGACCUUGGCGCUGGCUUCCGUGCUGCGCAGAUGCCUACCACACCUUACUCAGCCUCGACUCGCGCGUCUCUGCCCACUGGGCUCCGCGGUUUCCCGACAAGUCAAUCUUAUUCACCCGACUCGACGCCUGGACAUCCGGUUCGUAGCGACAUAUAUAAUCCUGGCUCGCCCUUCUACCCUCCUUCCUCCAUCGCCAUCCGAAGGGACACUACCGCUGGCCAUGAUGAUCACACAGAGAUGUAUGUGCCACAUCGACUGGGCACGUCGAGGGAGGGCCUACCUCCUCUGCUCACCCUUACCGACCUUAACAACGCCCCCAAGAACGAACCCGACUUCCAGGCCAACCUCGCCUUCCACGAUCAUCUCCAAAGCUCGACCACCUUUCCAUCUCAUCGAGGCGAUGGGUCGGGUAUGUUGUCGGGUGGUCUGUCGUCGUCGGCAAUGGCGAGGGUAGCUUCGAGUCCCAUGACUCAUUUCGCUCGCUCGUCGUGCUCGUCCGAGGCUUCCUCCUUCUCGUCUUUCCCCUUGACACCGUCCUCAACCAUCAGCACGUCCAACAGCGAUCUCUUUUCGCCGGGCUUUGACGCCUACUUCAGUGCUUCCCAGGACGCAAGUACUCCUGGCAUGAUCCUCGUCAGCUCGCCAAUCCACGAAUUCCCUCCCUCCGUUCUCAACAGCCGCAGCCGCAGUGUCUCCCCUGUCAAAAAACAAACAUCCCAUCUUCGCGCACGCACUACCCAUCCUCCCCCUCUGGUCGUCAGCUCGGCCGACAAACAGCACGUCUGCCACUGCGGCAAGCGCUUCAAGCGGCUGGAGCAUCUCAAGCGCCACACUCGCACGCACACCCAAGAACGGCCCCAUCAAUGCCCCCUCGAGACGUGCGGCAAGUUUUUCGGUCGCUCCGACAACCUUGCACAGCAUUUGAGGACUCACUACAGACCAAAGCGCUCUGCAGGACUGUUGACGGUGGAGAUGGGAGAGAAUGGAGAGGCGAGACACGACCCAUAUGCUGCGGCAGCCGAGGCGGCAAAGGUUGCGUUGAGCGGGAAGCGAGGCAAGCUGGGAAUGGUGGGACUGGGUGGACCGAUCAGGUUGGACACAGGGAUGAAAAGACAGGUCCUCGGUCCGGCUGGAUUGAGUGCAAAUUUAUCGCCGACGAAGGCGAACGAGAGUGAGGCUAUGCAGUCCACUGCUCACUCUGGUUGA